AUGGCCACGCCAACGCCUAAAGACAAAGAAACGCCGUCGCGACACCUCAAUGCCUUCUCCUCGCCCGCCCCACGCAGCGUCCCUCCCUCCGGUAAUAUCAACAUGAUGUCGUACGACUCGCCCGCGGUGCUUAACAUGCUCAACGACGUCGCGAGCUCGGGCAUGGGAGGGGUGGGCAUGGGCAUCACCAUGAGCGGGCUGGGCAUGUCCAGCUUGGGCAUGAGCGCAAGUGCCAUGGGACGCGCCGACGAAGCAGAGCGAAGUCGCAGACUGCGCGAGAUUAUAGACAUCAUCGGCAAGAAGCCCGGACGCGUCAGCGAGCAGGGACUGCUGGCCCUUUGCAAGAAGAUGGACAUACCGUGCGAGAAGCACAUGGACGAGGCAGGCACCUGGAGUCUCUUGAUCGGCGACGAGGCCCUGUGCGACGUCACCUUCAAGAACGACGAGAUUGUCAGCGUCAAUCUCCAGACCGGGCUGGACGAAUCGAGGGCCGAUCUCAACUUCGGCGCGACGGGCUCUGAGAUUCUCGUGCGCAGCUUGAAGCCUCUGCCCGGCCAGAGCAAGCUGAACGUCACGCUCGAGCGCUUCUCGGAGAGCUUGGAGAAGCUGCUGACGCUCGAUAAGCUCGGCUCACCGCAGAACGGCGGGGUCAGUUGCUACAAUGCGAUUGCGGGGGUCUACACGAGCCUCCGGAAAUUGUUUGAGCAUGAAAAGAAGACGGAGCUCGCAAACAGGAAGCCUGACGAGCGGUUUAGAACAUACAGGGCCGAGCGCGAAGUGCUGUGCAAGAAGAGCGGACGACCCAGGCUCAACGGCGGAUCGUGUCUCGGUCUGAGUUUGGAAUACUGGAUGGAUGGACGCUUGCAGCUAGAUGGGCCAACUGAGUCUGCCUCGUACCCGGAAGACCAUCGCUGGAGUCGCAACAAGAUGUAUUCACUGACCAUCGAAUGCGAAUCUUCGCCCUCCACGCUCUAUACGCCCAUACGCAUCUCCGACGACUGGAUCAGCGACGCUGUUGAGAAGUCAGCCGACGCAGACGCAAAUGUCUCCCUAGACAACAUGCUGAUGAACGCAUCUUCGAUAGACUGGCUCGACCCAAAGCCGACCUACCUCGAACCCCCCGAGCAGACCGACGAUGCCAUGAACCUCGACUCCGCAGCUGGACGCCUCCCCAACGUACGCUUCGUCGCCAAGUUCAACCCCCCUCUCGUCGUACCGCUCGCUGUGCACAUGCAGCUAUACCAGAUCGUUGGCAUUGAGCCUCGCACCGACGACUUCCGUCCUACCACAUUCGCAGGCCUAGCUCUGAGGCCUGGCGAGGUAGAUCCAGGCAUGUCCAAUACAACAGGCGACCGCACCCACGAGAUUCGCAGCUCGCGGAAGGUGCUGGUGCUGGAGCAAGACGCAUCGGGAAACGACUUGGACAGACGACACGACAUGAGUCUCUACAUACCCAAGCUAGAAUACAGCCGCACGCUAGAAAGCCUGCCCUUCAGCCAUCCUAAGCAACUCGUCGAGAUGUUGCCCGUGCUAAGACAGUACGCGCAUGUCACAUCCCUCAUACGAGACUGCUUUUACCUCGCACCCGAAAAACCCGUUCCCACCCACAAGCUUGGCCAGCAUCCCACACCAACAGCUGCACCGCAGACGUCCGCGCAGGGAGACCUACCUCGUCUCCAACUCGACGUCACUCUAAGCUACAACCCGCCCACACCACGCUUCACCCUGCACGUCCCCCACCCCGAAGCCGUAACAUCGUCCCCCGACGUCGCAGACCUCAUCUCCAACCUCCUCUCCUCCCCCUCCGCCCCGGUCUCCACACCAAUAACAUACAACGCGCCCCUCGCCGUCACAAUCGACAUCCAUCCCAACGGCGAGCUAGUUGUUGUCGAGCAAAACAUUCAUGCCAACCAAGCUUCCUCCAGUGACGAAACACAGUUCCAAGCAGAGCAACUAGACCGGAAACUGAAAAUUAUAUCUCGAGUACUAGACGCAGCGGAUGACCUGGGUGUUUGGGCAGAGUGGUUGAGGAAGGAGGCACUGAGGAGUAAGAAGAAGGAUUAG